AUGACAUCCGCUGAAUCGCGAACGAGAGAACUCGCUCCUUUACGCGGAUUUGACGCGGAAGCCCAGAAUGUUUAUCAUAGCGACGAAAUGGAGGACCUGGAAAGAAGUGAACCAAGUCCUAUGAGAGCUUUCAUUUGGACGAUAUGCUCUGCUACCGCGAUCUAUACAACGAAACGACUUAUGAUCAGUCAUGUAUACCCCCUCACGAUUGCGUUCCAAUCUUAUGUGGUGUUGGGAGUUGUAUACAUCAUUGCCCUGCGAAUGGGCUCAGACUCCUCUACUACCACUGCGAAUAAGGCAAGGAUAUUGCAAGGCAUACGGAAACCAAGCGGUAAUGGCUCUGUAUUGAGCUUUCAUUGCCCCGUGAUGAUACCUGCGGCGGUAGCAGCUGCGGCUUCAUUGCCUAUGCUGCUCGAAGGGCUACUUCACAUGCCUAGUCUUCCAGUUCUAGUUAUGCUUUUUCCUUUAACAUAUGCAGCAGAAUCUCUAGUCCUCUUCACAUGCUGUUCGCAAUCCCGGUCUCAAAGUUGGUUUCCGUGGGAGGCUCUGAUAUCGAUGGGAGCAUCUGCCGUAGUCCUUUACAACGAAUAUCGUCUUAUGGUUCCGGGCCUGAUUUGGGGCGUCUUGGGCAUUCUUUUUAUCGGCCUCGCUCGAGGGUGCUUCAUUAUUGGCUCUGAGAGAUCCGGCUCAGAUCUUGCCGUUCAGGCAAAGCUCAAAGCCUACCAUGGAUUCAUUAGCAUGACUCUUCUAUUCGGAAUGCUAUUCAGUGGAAUCUCUGGAUACUUCCUUGAGCAUAUUGAGUCUAUCUACCCAACUUCAUCGGGUACUAUUUCGUUGAUAGUCGUCCAAAUUUCAUCCAUCGUUGGUGCAAUCUUUUCUGGAACCAGUCUGUUGGCAUAUUCGCCAAUAUCUUUUCAAGAUUCAAAGGCUCGUUUUUCAAAUAUCCCCUUGCACAGCACUGAACAUAUAGUAUCUUUUCUAUCCAGCAUCCUCGUUCUGUUGGCAUCUAUAUACUCAAAUCAAGUGCCAGUAAUUUCCCGGAUACAGAUAGCUGCGUAUUUAAGCGCAUCUUUUGUGCUAGCUGGAGCGAGCGGGAUCCACGGCUAUGUCGUAAAGGCUACAGAUGCCUCAAAGGAACUCUCGAAGUCACCAAGUUCUGAGAUUCGAAAACCGACCGGCGUCUUCAGCGGACUCGUAUUACUUGUAGCAGUUAUUCUCUCUUCGGGCUUCAUCUCGUUCCUAGCAUCUACAUCCGUCAACUCGGUCAACCAAAGCCUACCCAGCACCUUCGACCUAGCCUACACACCCGAAAGACGUUUCGACAUCGUCGUAAGCAUGUACGACGAAGACCCCGAAAUAGUCAAAGGAAUGCUCGAAGCCGUCAAAGGCACCGCCAUGCUCAAAAACCUAAAACCAAACGUUAUAAUCUACACCAAAGACAAGACCGCGGACUUGCCCAAGCUCAAAGAAAGCACCGGGGCCAAUACCGUCGAAUUCCUCGAAAACCUAGGCCGAGAAGGAGCUACAUAUCUCCACCACAUCGUGCAUGAAUGGGACAGCUUAGCUGAACAAACAAUGUUCAUCCAAGCGCACGCCCACAACAUGCGCGAACUCAUACCACGGAUCGACGACUACCUAGUCCCCGAAACAGGCAUGCUGAGCCUUGGUUUCACAGGCGUGGAAUGCGACUGCGAGACGUGCGGCGACCGCUGGGGCUGGGAGGACAAAUACGACGCCAUCCCCGCGCUGUACGAGAAGGUCUACGGCGAUUCUUGCUCCCCCUCUGCACCCAUCUUGCUCUCCUACAAAGGCCAGUUCAUCGCCAGCGCGAGACGGAUCAGGGGGAUUAGCAAGAAUAUAUAUGGCGACCUGCUGGACAUGAUUACGAGUAAGGACGGGUGGAUUCAUAAUCAGACGUAUGUGGGCGGGGCGCGGGAUGGGCCGGAUAACCCAUAUUUUGGGUUUACGGUGGAGCGGGUUUGGGGCUUGCUGAUGCAGUGUGCUACUGAUGGGCGGGUGGCGGCUAAGUGUCCCAGUCUGUUGAGUGGGAUGGGGAGAGGGGGCGUGGUGGGCGAUUGCCAGUGUUUAGAUGGGUGA